AUGGCCAUAGCACAGGGAAGUACUUAUUCCUCCACUAUUGUGUGUGGCUUUUUACACUGUGCCACUCGUUGCUGCUCAUUUGAUGAGUGUAAGCUAGCCACAGAGUGGCUACUGAGCAGGACUAGACACCGCCCAAAGAUAGCUGUAAUAUGUGGCUCUGAACUCAGCUUCCUUGCAGAGAGCGUCUCCAAUAAGCAGGCCUUUCGCUAUGAGGACAUCCCCAAUUUCCCUGUGAGCACAGUUCCUGGCCAUGAUGGACAGCUUGUGUUUGGACAUGUAAAUAAAAAGCCUUGUGUCUUCAUGCAGGGCAGGUUCCAUCUAUAUGAGGGUUAUUCAUUGUGCAAGGUCACAUUACCAGUGCGGAUUUUCAAGCUGAUGGGUGUGGAGAUGAUUAUAGUAAUAAAUGCAUCAGGAGCCCUCUGUCAGGACUUCAAAGUAGGCGAUAUAAUGAUCAUCAAGGACCAUAUUAACUUGCCAGGGUUUGCUGGACAACAUCCACUAUGUGGGCCCAAUGAUGAACGAUUUGGGAUCAGGUUCCCAUGCAUGUCUGAUGCAUAUAGUAAAGAGCUAAGAAAGUUGGCUCUGGACAUCAGCAGUGAGUUGGGCUAUUCUGAAUUUGUGCGGGAGGGAGUUUACUGUAUGGUCAGUGGACCCAACUUUGAAACUGUUGCUGAAGCACGGAUGCUGCAUAUUCUUGGAAGUGAUUCCGUAGGUAUGAGCACAAUCCCUGAGGUGACAGUGGCCAAACACUGUGGUUUGCAAGUCUUAGGCCUGUCUCUCAUUACCAACAAGGUACCCUUGGACUACAGCAAUGAGGAGAAGGUCAAUCAUGAGGAGGUGCUGCAGAUCAGCAAGUUGAGGGCUGAGAUGCUCCAGAAUGUGCUCAAAACCUUUAUUGCUUGCUCCCACCAAGUGGAGACCAUCAACAGCUGCUAA